GAUGGCUGGUGAUGACUAUUUUUUGUUAACGAAUACAACUACCGACGGUCGGUAUGACGAUUGAUUAACUUAGACUUUUUCAGUUGUUUGUUUAAAAUCAAGCUAAGCUAACGCGUUUUGUGCACUUUGGAAAUCGAGUUGAAGUUACGGCAUUAAUUGAAAAACAUCGUUUCGUUUGCCAUAUAUACAAACAAUGACAAAUCACGAUCAUGACGAUUUGCCCCCUACACCGAAAUCCAACUCAUCAAACAGCAGCAACAACAGCCCUAAUAGUGACGGACACAGCCGGCCCAGCGCCGAUUUACGUGAUGCAUCACCUCUAACCGCUUUUCGCUCUCUUUCGCUGUCGCCAUGUGAACAGGAAAAUAAAGGAUUUGUGAAUCUGUUAACAGAUGAAAAUUUUCAUAGUGAAAUUGUCAAACUCGUUAUGAAAUAUGAAACUAAUUUAGACAAUCGAAACCAGCAUUGCAUAACGGUUGAUCAAAAUCGCAUUAUAAAUGUAGGCGAUAAUAAUCUACUAAGAGAUCAUGAAUUCCUCAUGGACAUAGCAAUACUGGCCUCAACACACAGUGAGGAUCCCAAAACGAAAGUGGGUGCUUGUAUUGUUGACAAGAAAAAUCGCAUUAUUGGCAUUGGCUACAAUCAUUUUCCACCGAACUACACGAACCAGCCAUAUCCAUGGGGCAAGGACAAAGAUAAAUUAAAAAAUAAGCUCACAUAUGUCAUACAUGCCGAAUCGGAUGCCAUUAUCGGACCACAGCCAACUGAUUUGCACGGCGCUACGAUAUACUCGACACUAAUGCCUUGCAAUGAAUGCGCCAAACUUAUUAUACAAUCGGGUAUACGAAAAGUUUACUAUCUUAAUUCGAAAAUUUUCGAGAAGUGGAUAUAUAAGGCCUCACGCCACAUGUUGCAAGCCGCCCAGGUAACAUUGCUGAAAUUGGAGCAACGCACCACCAAACGUUUGAAGGAUUGAUUAUUAUAUAUUUGAGAAUUUGAUUUCAAUAUUGUUAAGCAUUUUAUAUAAGUUUUAGUGGACACAAAUUUAUUUUUAAAAUUUUAUUAGUUUAAUUAUUUGUUGUGAUUUAUAAAAACAAACUGCUUUCAAAAUUUGUUUAUAUUUACUAGCUUUAAAUUUGUAAUUAUUUUUGAAAAGAUAUACGGCCUUAGAGUGAGUUUCCUAUGAGAAAAAUAUUAUCAUACAUUAUAAUGCAAAAUAGAAACAAACUGGAAUAUUUGGGUUUUGACGAUGAAUCCGAUUAUCUAACGAAGCUUAUAUACAUAUGUACACACUUAUACAUACACAGAUGGAUGAACUUUUACACGGCUUCCAAAGAUAAGCGAAUUAAGAAGUGCAACAAACUUAAAUAAAUACAUACUUAUACAUACAUACAUAUGUACCUAAAUGAAAUUUAAAUAUACAUACAUAUUUGUAGUGGUGAAAUUUAAAAGGCUUUCAUUAUUAAUAUCAUAAAUAAUAUAAUUUUCAAUUUUAAUAAAUGCAACAAAAAAAGGUAUAUGUCAUAAUAAGAAA